AUGCAGUUGAACGUUCAUUGGUUGCAGCAGCGUCCAGAUGGGGGAAUGGACACUCUGAGAGAGGAAGAGGCGAAUAUCAACGAAGGCUCUCUCGCACUCCACCUGUUAGUCGAAUUGAGAAGUGGGCAAGUUCCUGUUUACUCCAAAUCGGAGGACAGCAGCCCAUGGGAGCUGGUGGAAGAAACGGCCAUUCUCUCAGUCGACCUUCAAUAUGGCGUGCACUACAAGACUCCGUCCGAUAACAAGAGGCUGAAAAUGGAGCAAGGACAAAUGGAGCCAGCCCCAGCCCCCUCUCCUGCAUGGGAAAGUCUUGGAUGA